AUGACCCAUCAAAAUUCACUCCGCCACUUAGAGCUACUCAGUAAAUCAUGCACAAAUUAUGAAGAGCUGCUUGAUCGUCUUGUAAAAUCAGAAAAAUCACAUGUAAAGAUAAUUUUUGAUUUUGGAAAAUAUCAACGGAUAAUUGAAGGGCAAAAGGAUUUAGAAGAAGCCAUUCAGCAUAAUGGGAAGUCAGUACUUAUCCGAUUUUUAUUGCAAAAUGAUGCGGGAAACACAAAUUACUUAAAUGAUUACAAAAUAGGCGAUGGAAAUAUGCGCAAAGUUCCUAAAGAAGAGUCGAAGAUUUUGCUUCAAUCUACUUCUAAGGGAGACUCUGCAAGCUACGAUGGCACACUUUGUGGAAAAUCAUUUGGAGCACCUAGUAGUCGAUAUUCGGAUCAAAUCAAUCGGGCUCCAAGAAGAUAUAAAUUUUUAAAAAAAUUGGGGGAAGGCACUUUGGGAACUGUAUAUAUGGCGGUUGGUAAUAAUGGUCUCAAUUUUGCCGUCAAAGUUGUAAAGAAAAAAGGGCACUUUUUACCUCAAGAAGCAGAUAUAAAAUUUUUAAAGCAACUGCAGCAUAAGCGUAUAGUUGAAUACAUGUAUACAAUUGAACCUGAAAACUCGAAUGAAAUUCACAUACUCAUGGAGUAUAUGCACAUGGGAUCCCUACGAGAUUACAUCGAUAUUCAAGGGCCUCUUGAUGAUGAAUUGCUGAAAUGCUUCACAAAACAAAUUGCUGAAGGUUUAGAUUUCCUUCAUUCAAAUGGCAUUAUUCAUCAGGAUCUUAAACCCGAAAACCUUCUAUUAAAAUGCUCUUCUAAACUGAGGAUGAUUAAAAUAGCAGACUUUGGAUCAAGCACCUUUCGGUCUUACCAACAAAAACGUGGACAACAAGGUCGAACUCCAAAGUAUACUGCACCGGAAGUAACAAAUUCGAAAGUGAUUCCUGGAAGAAGAUCAGAUAUUUGGAGUUUUGGUGUGAUUGUCAUUGAAAUGAUGAGUAAGGAAUUCCCAUGGAAUGUCGAAGGUGCUCAUUUUCUCGAGGUAGCAGAGAUUAUCGAGACAGUUCCACCACGAAUAAUUAGAAACGAUGACACUGAUGAAAGAAUGGUUGAACUGGCUCUUUUGAUGAUAUCACCUCUCAAUAUGAGGCCAUAUGCUCAUGAUAUUUUGAAAUUCCCGGUUUUAGAAGAUCCACCACCGCAAUUAGAAGAAGAUCCAUUUUACGAGGAUGACGACGAAUAUUACUAA